UUGACAUUUAAAAUUAAUGUCGAGUGUCUACGGCUUCAUUCAUUUACAAAAAGGUGUGAUGUGCAAGCGCGAUCUUAUUAAUUUGUUGGGAUCGCUUAAACAUUUUGCUAAUAUGCGGUAGCAGAGGGCAAUAGUGAAAUAAUUUGUCACAUUAUAAUUAUUAUGCCCUAAGUUCUUUUUGCUGAAAAUAGUUUUACGGGGAUGUUGAACAUGAAUAAUGCCUCAGUCGCCAGUGAUGACUAUGAAGUCAUUGGGGAAACCCAGUGGCAAAUACUGGAGAAUAUUUCCGAAGAUCAUGUUAUUAAAAUAUAUGGCUACAAGUAUUCAAAAAUCCGUGCAAUAGUUUUUCAUUCAAUUUGUGCACUACUAUGUGGACUACCAUAUUUUGCUUUGGCUUACUAUCCUACAUUGAAUCGAUUCAAGUAUUUAAAAUGCAGCUUGAAAAUGGCUGAAGAAGUGUGUGUGACUGAUGGGGAGGGCUCCUUUAACAUCGAGAGUGUCCAAGAAAUUGAUCUUAGCAUCUCCAGUCAUAGGGAUAAUAGACUACGCUACUUCAUUUACCAACACAGCCGCUACAUCUGGCUGAAUGACCAAGGAGCCUUCAUUAACGUACUGGCGCUGAAUGAAAAAGUAACCAUUAGUUUGUUGAUGGAAAAUAUGGCUGGCAUAAAUAAAAGGCAACAAAAUGAACUAAUAAAAUUGUAUGGAAAAAAUUCAGUGGAAGUUGAAGUAAAAAGUUACUGGACACUUUUUGUAAAUGAAGUGUUCAAUCCGUUUUAUCUUUUUCAAGUAUUCUCUAUCAUUCUUUGGUCAAUAGAUGAAUAUUAUCAGUAUGCAUCAUGUGUUUUCCUCCUUUCAACCGGGUCUUGUAUGAUGGCACUGUACCAAACCAAACAGAUGAGCAUAAAUAUUCACAAAAUGGCGGGCUCGACUAGUGUAUUCACGGUAACGGUGCUGCGCCCCACGCGGACUGGGCGCGAGGAGUACGUGGUGAACGCCAGCAGGCUGGUGCCGGGCGACGUGAUGGUGCUGCCGCCCGACGGCUGCGUGAUGCCGUGCGAUGCUAUGCUGCUAACUGGUACUUGCAUCGUCAACGAAUCUAUGCUCACUGGUGAAAGUGUGCCCGUCAUGAAAGGGCCUCCGUGCUCUUCGCCAGAAGUCUAUUCAACUGAGACUCACAAAAGGCAUACACUUUUCGCUGGCACUCACGUAAUUCAAACGCGAUUCUACGGAAACAACCAGGUGUUGGCGAAAGUAGUGCGCACUGGUUUUUAUACUGCCAAAGGAGAAUUGAUCAAAAGCAUUUUGUUCCCGAAAAAGUUUGAUUUCCAAUUCUAUAAGGAUGCCGUCAAGUUUGUCAUAUUCAUGUUCUGCAUCGCCGCUAUCGGAAUGGGAUAUUCAAUAUGGCUUUACGUAGUUAGAGGUAGUCAGGUAGGCCUAAUAGUACUGCGCACGCUGGAUAUAAUCACGAUCGUGGUGCCGCCGGCGCUGCCCGCCGCCAUGACGGCCGGCAUCGUGUACAGCCAGCAGCGGCUCAAGCGCAACAAGAUCUUCUGCGUGUCGCCGCCGCGCAUCAUCAUCUGUGGGAAGUUGCAAGUCAUGUGCUUUGAUAAGACUGGAACUUUAACUGAGGACGGGUUAGACCUGUACGCAGUUAUUCCUUGCAACCUAGACGAGAAGUUUGGGCGCUGCGUCGAUGACAUCGCUGCUCUUCCCGCCAAGAGUCCCCUAGUCCAAGCCUUAGCUUCUUGCCAUUCACUCACCAGCAUACAAGGACAACUAAAAGGAGAUCCUCUCGAUUUAAAGAUGUUUGAGUUUACUCAGUGGGUCCUUGAGGAACCAGGCCCUGAAAAUACGAGAUAUGAUAACCUGACCCCAGCUAUUGUUAAGCCAGCCACUGCAAAUGGAGACCUGCAAAAUUUAGACAAUUAUGACCCUUUCACCAUGGAAAUGCCUUAUGAGGUUGGUUUGCUGCGUAGAUUUCAUUUCUCGUCAUCCCAACAAUCUAUGGGCGUUAUCGCCAGGGUCCUCGGGCAGCCACAAAUGGUAUACUUUGUGAAAGGAGCGCCUGAAAAGGUUGCAGGUAUGUGCGAUCCAGUCUCAUUACCAGACAACUUCAGUACGAUACUCAAUGAAUAUACAUCGAACGGAUUCAGAGUCAUCGGCCUUGCGUACAAGAAGCUGGACCGCAAAAUGAAGUGGGUGGACGCACAGCGGCUCAAGAGGGAGUCUAUAGAGUGCGAUAUGACGUUUUUGGGCUUUCUAGUCAUGCAAAAUAGCCUGAAACCGGAAACCACGCAAGUUAUAAAGGAGCUACACGACGCGAAUAUGAGACAGAUUAUGGUCACUGGGGACAAUAUAAUGACCGCGAUGUCGGUCGCGCGCGGUUGCUGCAUGGUUCAGCCUCAUCAGAGACUGGUGCUCAUUACCGUCGGCCAGCAGCAAACGCCCGAUCAACGCCCAGCGUUAUGUAUGGAGGUAGUUGGUGAAGGUGGGCCGCCCAAGUUAGCGAUAGACGCGUACGUACUGGCCAUGGAAGGCAAGACGUGGGCCGUGGUUCGCACGCACUAUCCAGAACUGGUGUCCACUAUUGUUACCAAAGGUAUGAUCUUCGGGCGAUUCGGGCCGGACCAAAAGACGCAGUUGGUGACCGCACUGCAAGGCGAAGGACUGAUAGUAGGCAUGUGCGGCGACGGCGCCAACGACUGUGGAGCAUUGAAGGCCGCGCACGUGGGCAUCUCCCUAUCCGAGGCGGAUGCUUCUGUUGCCGCGCCGUUCACGUCUCAAGAGCAGAACAUCCGGUGCGUGAAGCUGCUGGCGCUGGAAGGGCGAUGCGCGCUCAGCACUUCUUUCGCGAUCUUCAAGUACAUGGCUCUCUAUUCGCUGAUACAGUUUUUCUCCAUUCUCAUCCUUUAUAAUUUCUACUCUAUCCUCGGCAACAAUCAGUUCCUAUACAUCGACUUGGUGCUGACCACGAUCCUGGCGCUGUCGCUGGGCCGCGCGUCGCCCGGGCCGGUGCUGACAAAGCAAAGCCCGCCCGUGUCGCUAGUCGCCGCGUCCAGCAUCCUGCCGCUCGUCAUGCAGGUCGCGCUCGUGCUGACCAUGCAGGUGGCUUCCAUCUACCUCCUGCAGUCUCAGCCAUGGUUUGAACAUACAGAGGGCAGUGCAGAAGCGGAGACGGUGGUGUGUUGGGAAAACACAGUCGUAUUUAUUGUCUCAGCAUUCCAGUACUUAAUAAUGGCUUGCGUCUACGCCAAGGGCUGGCCCUUCCGGCAACCAUUUUGUGCCAAUUACUGCAUGGUGAUAGCGCUGGUGACGCAGUCGGUGCUCGUGACGGUGCUGCUGCUGAGCCCGUGGCAGUGGCUGGCUGACCUGAUGGAGAUCGAGGUCAUGAAGCUGACCGACUCAGACCAGACCAUGUUCAGGGUCUACUUGCUGCUCAUCCCCGUCUUGCACCUCAUUCUGGCUAUUGCGAUUGAGGCAACUCUGUCAGACCAAGAUCGCUUCACAUCCCUGUUCCAGCUGUUAAAGCGGCGCUGCUCUGACAAAGAAGAAGCCGCGGGCGAGGCCGCUUGCCCGCUGUGGCCGCCACGCUCGCCCUCGCAUAUAUGCUGACGGAGCACACGCUUAACAUACGCACCUUACAUAGUGUUUGUAUUGGUUCGGUAGUGACUAUGGCGUUUUCACAUUACUAGUCCCUUUUGACACAUUUAUGUACUUGUAUGUAGUAAUACAUAAUUAGCAAGAUUUUUUUCCGAGGUAAGGACAGACUGGUUCCAACUUGCAUCCUUUUACCAUGAAAGGAUUCGGCAAAAAAUUUGAACCUGAUCCAUUGAUUAGAUGCUUUAGAGAAUAAUAUUAUUUAAGAUAAAAAAAUGUGCCAAAUUGGACUUGAUGUGUGAAAAAUCGUGUGAGUGAUAAAUGACAGUGUAUAAGUGAGUGAGUAAGUAGUAUUAUUAAGAAUUUUUCAAUUUUCCACCCACUACAAGCUGUUUAAUAAACGACUAUUUGAGUGGUGAUUCUAAUAUCGACCAUAAAAUUGCUUUAAUACCCUUAAAUUGAAUGUUGUUUGCACAUCAUAAAACUUCAAAAUUUAUUUCGCUUCAUCGCCGGCUCACUACUGAACACAGGUCUCCUAAAAUGAGUACCAUGCUGGCCAAUUAUUGCAGAUUGCUAGACUCCACACACUUUUGAGAUCAUAAUGGAAAACUCUCAGGUAUGCAGGUUUCCUCGCGUCACCGUUAAAGCAAAUGAUAUUUAAUUUCUAAAAACGCAUUAACCUAACUUCUAUUAGAAGUGCAAAAAUGAGUUGCAACCUACAAUUGUUUUUUGUCAGGAAUGACCUGCCCAGUGAUUUCAAGCUUAUAUCGUGGUUUAACGAUAUAAUAAAAUGUAAGUAGCAGGUUUUGUAGAACGAAAUAUUAUAUUUUUAGCUAAAAUGUCCCAAAAUUGUGGAAUUUUUACCCUUUUGUUACUUAGCACGCAUUAUAAGUAAUAUUGAAUUGCUUUAUCACGUAGGAGGCCAUUUGCUAUACGUUUGGCGAAUUAAAUACGCAGCGAUUUUUCUCUUCCGUGCAAAUGUCGGCUAUGCUAUGUAAUGGGCGGAAAAGCAAAAUAUUCCUUAUAUUAUUUUGGUAGCGACUACUAAUAAAUAACUGCACAAGUGACAAUAGAUGUGAGAUCUUAUCAUUUCAAGAGAUUUUAAGCAUUUUGAAAUUCCAUAUGUAAAUAAAUUACUGGAUGUUGUGCAUAGAGUAAGUGUUACAUAUCUGUUAAAUACAUUUCGAAAAUGUAUGAUAAGUAUGGCUUUUAUUUCUCAUAUUUUAACACAGGCAUGAUUGAACCAUUUUGGAUAUAAAUGGUUUAUUUGUACUUAUCCUAGUUAAAAGUAUGAUGUGUCU